GCUCCGGCCGCCGCGUUGGUUGCCAGAGUGUUCUGUUGAAUUCGUUCCCUGCGCGCGCGCAGAAGGGCGGUUGCUAGGUAAGGAGCGGCCCUUAGUUACCGCUCCGAGGUCGGCGGCGGGGCGCAGGAAGAUGGUGGCAACUCCGCGGGUCACUAUGGAGACAGAGCUUCGGAACACCAUAGUCUUCAAUGCAUCCAAAAAGGAGAUUUUCACUGUCAACAGUGGUUACAAGUCCUUACAGAAGAGGCUUCGUAGUAAAUGGAAGAUACAGAGUUUAAAAGAUGAGAUCACAUCCGAGAAGCUAGCUGGGGUAAAAUUGUGGAUUACUGCAGGGCCCAGAGAGAAGUUCACUGCAGCUGAGUUUGAGGUUCUGAAGAAAUAUCUAGAAGAGGGUGGGGAUAUCCUGGUGAUGCUGGGAGAAGGUGGUGAAUCCCGAUACGACACCAACAUUAACUUCUUGUUAGAAGAGUAUGGAAUCAUGGUCAAUAAUGAUGCUGUGGUGAGAAAUGUAUAUUAUAAGUACUUUCAUCCUAAGGAAGCCUUGGUCGCCAAUGGAGUUUUGAAUAGGGAAAUCAGCAGAGCUGCAGGGAAAGCAGUGCCUGGGAUAAUAGAUGAAGACAACAGUGGAAAUGACUCACAGGCUCUCACUUUUGUGUAUCCAUUUGGUGCCACACUGAAUGUGAUGAAACCAGCAGUGGCUGUUCUGUCCACAGGAUCUGUCUGCUUUCCACUCAACAGACCCAUUUUGGCUUUUUACCAUUAUAAGAACCAAGGUGGAAAGAUGGCAGUGUUGGGAUCUUGCCACAUGUUCAGUGACCAAUAUUUGGAUAAAGAAGAAAACAGCAAGAUCAUGGAUGUACUUUUCCAGUGGCUCACAACCACGGACAUCCAUUUAAAUCAGAUUGAUGCAGAGGACCCUGAGAUUUCAGACUAUACAAUGCUUCCAGAUAUAGCCACACUGUCUGAGCGACUACGAGUGUGUCUACAAGAGGGAGACGAGAACCCACGAGAUUUCACAACGCUCUUUGAUAUGUCAAUUUAUCAGCUGGAUACAACGUCCCUCCCUAAAGUUAUCAAAUCUUAUGAACAGCUGAAUGUGAAACAUGAACCUCUCCAGCUCAUUCAGCCUCAGUUUGAGACUCCACUACCUGCACUCCAGCCAGCUGUUUUCCCACCUGCUUUCAGAGAAUUACCUCCUCCCAGUCUGGACCUGUUUGACUUAGAUGAAACGUUCUCCUCUGAGAAAGCUCGUCUUGCGCAGAUUACGAACAAAUGUACUGAAGACGACCUGGAGUUUUAUGUCAGAAAAUGUGGUGAUAUCUUAGGGGUAACAAACAAACUCCCAAAGGAGCAGCAAGAUGCCAAGCAUAUCUUGGAGCACAUCUUCUUCCAAGUGGUGGAGUUCAAGAAGUUGAAUCAGGAACAUGAUAUUGACACAAGUGAAGCUGGAUUCCAGAAUGGUUACUGAGCACGGGCUUUUCCUGUCAGAGAGAGAGACCGACUGACCACCUUAGCAAAAAUAUUUACUGUACCUCCCUCAGUGUAAAUUAUUUUUCUAUUUGUUUAUUCAAUAUAUUGAUUGAGGCAUUCUUCUUUGAACCUUUGGGUGUUGUAAAUAUGUAUAAAGUCUUAAACUGGUACUUUUUUUAAAAAAAAAUGCCAAAUUAGGGUUUGCCUUGUAAGUGGCAAUAAUUUUCAAAAGCUUUUUAUGUAACAAACAUUCCAUAUUUAAUCUUUUCUAUUUUUUUAUUGGAGCUAUAAUUCUGUAAUCUGUGAAAUAUUCUUAUGUUAAGAAAAUAUUUCAUUCCAAACCCUA